CAUAUGUACAUACAUACAUACACAUACAUAUAAUAAUAGAUGACGAGCGAUUUGCAAGAGCUAACACCUUGGUGGUAUGCGAUUGGGAACCGAACCCGUUCAGUAAUUUCGGACCCAUUUUUCCCUGUAUAAAAAAAAUAAGACGUAUUACAAGCGUCAGAUGUAUAAGUAAAGAUAAAAGAUUAAAAAAAAAAAAAAAAAAGUUUGAUGAUCUAUAAAACUGGUAACGACCGUUUCACUAUCAAAAGUAUUAAAGCGCAUAAUCACGUCAAUGUGAAUCCAAAACAAACCCGAAUGUUCAUACCCCCACCGCGGGACAGUUUAGGAAAUCCUGACUACAGAUAUCUGAUAUAUCUGCAAUGACGCAUGUGCAGUCGCUUAAUGGAUUAAGCAAUUUAUCACCCGUUAGAUAUAAGAACAGUGUGAGGGAACGAUUAAAUUCCCUGAACCAAAGGCUGCCCAGCGACAUCUGACGGUGAUCUUUCUCAGCAUGGUGCUCGAAAUCUCUCUCCCGUCGGCGAGUAUGCUGAAGCCAUGCCCCUGUCCACAACCACAGCAGCUGGGAGAUCUAUCAACGGAUAUCCUGCUGGGGGUAUACCAUGGGCAGCCCACGUACAAGCAAUGGCUGGACGAGGGCGGAGACAUCAACGCCAUGCACGCCAUGGGCUACACCUUCGCCUUCAUGGUCUGCGCAGGAGGUCACUCGCUUAUCCUACAAGACCUCCUAGAAAUUCAGAACCUGCACCUGAACCUAAUCAACAGGUGGGGAAUGACCCCACUAAUGGGCGCGGUGAAAUGGGGCCAAGAUGAAUGCGCUCGGCUCUUGCUCACCACCAAGCAUUCAUGCCAGUUGGACCUGACCAUCAAGGACAAGGAGGGCCUGACCGCGCUCUCCCUCGCGGCCCGGGAGAAACGCUGGAACAUCAUCCCUCUCCUCCUCAGGCCACACGUGCGCUACGACGCCCAUACUAUCGACUUCACCCUCUACAGAGUCGUGGACGGAGGCCUGUGGGAAGUGGUCACCACGCUGCUGGAGGAGCACGAGAACCUCAGCCAAGAAGCUAUUACGAGGGUCCUCUUUAAGGCUACGAGGGAAAAUAAUGUUCAGGUGGUGAGGAUAAUAGUAGAGAAACACAUCCACCUGUGCAGAUACGAGGACUUGGUUACUGCAAGGAUACUGGCAGAGGACUACAGGUACAUGGAUAUUGAAAGACUUCUCUUAGGAGCGAGGACUCGAAGCCUUGAUUUCCUCAUGAAUCUAAGCAUGGCCAUGGGUCUGCCUCCAGAAAUGAGUCUUCCUGUGACUCAGACCUGUGACAGCAGAAUCAUCUUAGAUAACCAUCCUGCGAACUUGCCGCUGGAUGUACUGCCUCCAGUGAACCAGGAAGGCCUGCUGACCCUGAACGUGCGGCCCGUGCAGACCCCCGUGCCCCCAGGCCCCGACGUGUACGAUACCACCGCCACGCCCCGGGGCCUCGUCCUCAUCCUCAAUUACAACAGAUUCCACAACCAGCCUCACAUGACCCGCGAAGGUUCCCACGCUGACAUAGCAAACUUAAAGAACCUGUGUUCCCAGAUGGGCUACGAAGAUUUUGUGCACUGUGACCUUACCAAGAGGCAGACGAUCGCCGCUCUGACGCGCUUCAGGAAUCAGGAGCGCCUGAAGAACGUUGGGUGCGCUCUCGUGGCCAUCAUGAGCCACGGCAUCGGCACUCACACCUUCUACAGCUCUGACAUGGAGAGCAUCUCGGUCAACGAAGUGCAAAAUCUCUUCCUUGACCAACAGUGUCCGAACCUGAGGAACAAACCGAAGAUUUUCCUCUUCAACUUCUGCCGGGGAAUAAACAUUCCCGCGCCGAUGGAGACAGACGCAGUUCGGGAACCGCCAAGGAACAUGAUCUGCCUCUACUCCACGACAGAGUCCUUCUUGUCCUAUCGCGACAAAGUGCGCGGGUGCCCCUUCAUCAUCGCCAUCUGUGAAGUGCUUGCCAACCACGCGCAUGAGAUGGACCUGGACAACUUGAUACGCGUCUUCCAGGGCAAAUACCUCGCGAACGCGACGCCCGAGAUUCAAAACCUCGGCUUCUAUAAGAGGUUUUUCUUCAAUCCAAUUGGGAGGCGAUGAAAAUGAAAUAAGACCUUAUUUUUUUUAGCAAUGUGCAACACACACACACACACACACACACACACACACACACACACACACACACACACACACACACACACACACACACACACACACACACACACACACGGGGUAAAUGUAGUCUGCAGAACGGUAAAAAAAAAUAUCCGCGGACCAAGAGGAGCUCUUGGGACGGUUAUAAAUGGCCCUUGAGAUGGUCCUAAAUGACCCAGGGGGUGACGAAAAGAACAUGUGAAAUUAGGAUCGUCAUUAAGAUAAAUAUUAUCUGAAGUAGAGAUAGAAACAAAUAAUAUAUUUAUUUCAUAAUUGCAAUAGUUUCAUUUAUAUUGUUAUUGAUAGCAAUACCGCUAUCAAAAGAGAAAGAUGCACAUAGUUAUUACAAAGGAAAUUUCACAAGUAAAAGCAACUUUACGUACAGGUUUAAAUAACGUAAUCCUGGUAUUUACCGUUGUUGGCCCUCAAGACUGUAGCUGAAAUGAAAAUUGAUCCUCGAAGAGUUGAGGUCUGACACGUCUGCUUUCAGGCAAAGUCUCCUAAAUAAGUGUUUAUGCAAGACUGAUUGAUAAAGGUUACUAGUCCAAUUUACGUUAGAAAUAUUAGCUAUGCAGUAUCCUGGCUAAAUCAAAGUGAUAUUCACGAGGGAUAGAAUGAUAAAAUUAACUGUAUUUCAAUUAUUUUUCCAAGAGUUAAGAAAAACACACGUUGCCAAAACUCACACCGAAAACAAAAAUAACCUUGCCAGAAUACUACUGUCAUGUAACUCUACAUGUGGCUAUGCGAUUUCAUUUCGUUGGAUUAGUUUGAUUAGUAAGAGGUAUGAGGAUUAUGUAGAAGCUAUUUUUUUUUUUUUUUUUUUUAAUUAUUGGGCAGUGGUUCCUAAUUUUUUUUAGAAUCACGGACCCCUUUAAGAAUCAGAUGGAAGCUAUGGACCCCCAUCCCCUGAAAUAUUCAAAUAAACACAUGGAAGGUGUAUAAUGUAGAUUAUUUACAAAUAUUUGAUUGUCUCAUACGCAUAUGAGAUAUUAUUAGACUUUGAAUAUUAUUAGACUUUGAUGUAAAUCAUGUAUAAUUCACUUAUGCAAAAAGUAUAGCGAAUAUAAAUGUUAAUUUUUAUCUGAUCAUCACAAACCUACUUUAAUCCAUCACCAGGUUAAGAAACCCUGCUAUACGGCUUAUUUGCAUAUUGAUAGAUUUCCAGGGAAUUGUGUUACUACAUGAAGACAUUGAGAUUCUGCCUAUGUCUAGUACACACAUUUAGUACACACACA